AUGCUCCCUUUGAAAGCUGCUACUAAUACAAGGCAUACUUUACAAGCUCUCUCAAUACCGUCUGUCACAAUCGCCUGCCAUCUUUCUGAUGCGAUAAAAUCUUCUUCUUCUCUUUUUCUCUGGUUCUUCUUUUCAAUCAUUCUUCUUAUUUUCAAAAAAACAUUUAUUUCUCUUCCUCUUCAGAUCGAAAAAGUAAUCUUUCUUUUAUUAAAAUUUUCUCUGCCUUUUCUUAUUUUUUUCUUUCUCUUUCUUACAGCCAUUUUUUUUUUUAUCAUUUCGCUUUCUUUCUAUUUUUUUUCUUUUAUUUUCUUGUUUUCUUUUUUUUUUUUCUUUCUUUUCUUCUUCCAAUUUUUAUUUCUUUCCACGGACUUUUUCUUUUUUUUUCUUUUUUCUUUCUUUCUUUCUUUCUUUCUUUUUUCUUUUUUUUUUCUUUUCAACUUCCUUUUUCGUUUCUUCUUCUUCCUCUUUUCUUUCUUCUUUUUCUUUCUUCUUUCUUCUUUUUUUUUCUUUUUUCUUCUUUUAGAAAACUUUUCUUUCUUUCUUCUUCUUUUUUUUUUUUCUCUUUUUUCUUUUUUUUUCUUUUCUUCACUUUUUUCUUUUUUUCUUCUCUUUCUUUCUUUUUUUUCUUCUCUUUUUUUUUUCUUAUUUUUUUUAUUAACUUCUUUUUUCUUUUCUUUCUUUCUUAAUUUCUUCUUUUUUUUUUUUUUUUAUUUUCCUAUUUAUUUAUUUAUUUCAUUAUUUUUUCUUAUUCUUUUUCUUCUUUUUCUUCUUCUUUUAUCUUUUUCUUUUCUUUUUCUUUAUUCUUUUUUUCCUACUUUUUUCUUCAUUCUUUCGCUAACAUUUCAUUCUUUUUUUAAUGAGUUUGCUUUUGUUUUCUUGCUUGUUAUUUUUCUUCCUUAUUUUUUUUCUCUUCUCUUCUUCUUCUUUUUUUUUCUUUUUCUCUUUUUUCUUUUCAUAUUUUUCUUACUUAUUCUUCUUUCAAAAUUUUUGUUUUCCUCUCUUAUUUAG